AUGGCCACCAACGGUGACCUCCCAUCAGACGAUGAGUUCUCCCAACCAGGGACCCCUCCUGGCGAUGAGAACGACGUGGACGAGAUUGAAGAGUCGAACCAGACACCCAAGUCGGCCCUGAAAAGGGGAACCUCAGCAGCGGUUCCCGAGCCACAAGUUUCCCGCCCCGUCCUACCCGAACAACCAGACCCGAAAGAUCUGGACAUCUCGAAACUCACUCCUCUCUCACCCGAAAUCAUCGCGCGGCAAGCCACGAUAAACAUCGGCACGAUAGGCCAUGUGGCGCACGGCAAAUCGACAGUCGUCAAAGCCAUCUCGGGCGUGCAGACGGUCAGGUUCAAGAACGAACUGGAACGAAACAUCACCAUCAAACUGGGGUACGCCAAUGCAAAGAUCUACAAGUGCGACAACCCCGAGUGUCCGCGGCCGACGUGCUACAAGUCGUACAAGUCGGAGAAGGAAGUGGAUCCUCCGUGUGAAAGGGAGGGAUGUAAAGGCACGUAUCGCCUGCUGAGACACGUCUCCUUCGUCGACUGCCCCGGCCACGAUAUCCUGAUGAGCACCAUGCUUUCUGGCGCAGCAGUCAUGGAUGCCGCUUUGCUCCUCAUUGCAGGCAACGAAAGCUGUCCACAACCUCAGACGUCGGAACAUUUGGCCGCCAUCGAGAUCAUGAAACUCAACCACAUCAUCAUCCUGCAAAACAAGGUCGACUUGAUGAGAGAAGAGGGCGCACAAUCACACUACGAAUCCAUCCUGAAAUUCAUCAAGGGCACGGUCGCCGACGGGUCGCCCAUCAUCCCCAUCUCCGCCCAGCUGAAAUACAACAUCGACGCCAUCAACGAGUACCUGGUCACCAAGAUCCCCGUGCCCGUGCGUAACUUUGGCGCCACCCCACACAUGAUUGUCAUUCGAUCGUUCGACGUGAACAAGCCCGGCGCCGAGAUCGAAGACCUCAAAGGCGGCGUGGCAGGCGGUUCCAUCCUCAACGGCGUCCUGAAACUCGGCGACGAGAUCGAAAUCCGACCGGGCAUCAUCACAAAAGAUGCCACAGGCCAGACGGUCUGUCGGCCCAUCAUGUCGCGCGUCGUCAGCCUGUUCGCCGAACACAACGACCUCAAGUUCGCCGUGCCAGGUGGCUUGAUCGGCGUCGGCACGCGGGUCGACCCCACGCUGUGCCGAGCCGAUCGUCUCGUGGGGCAUGUGCUCGGUCUGAAGGGCCAACUCCCCGAAAUCUACAUGGAACUCGAAGUCAACUACUUCCUGCUCCGACGGUUGUUGGGCGUGAAGACCGCGGACGGCAAACAAGCCAAGGUGGCCAAGCUCGCCAAGAACGAAGUCCUGAUGGUCAACAUCGGGUCCACGGCGACGGGUGCCAAAGUCAUGGGCGUGAAGGCCGACGCCGCGAAACUGACGUUGACGAAUCCCGCGUGCACGGCCAUCGGCGAGAAGAUCGCGUUGAGUCGCCGCAUCGAGAAGCAUUGGCGGUUGAUUGGCUGGGCGAACAUUGUCGCGGGGAAUACCAUUGAGCCGGAGUCUUCUUAG